CUGACGUCUAAUCCCUUCAACUUUUUGUCAAUUUAUGUUCAAUUCAUAUAUAAAACUAUAGAUGCAUUGUACAUUGUAUACAUCUGUUAAUAUCCUGGAGACAUAUAUCAAUUCAUUUAUCGAUUGUAUACACUGCAAAUAGAAUACUUAUGUUUCCAGUUAUAGUAAUAAUUGAUCCAAAAGCUGCACGAAAUUCAAUAUACUGUAUCCAUGUACGCCACGAUAAUUCAUAGGGAAAUAUUUGAUGAAUUCAAGUACCUGUACUGGCAUAAAAUAAUCACCAACAACUAAUUAGGUGACGAAUCAUGAAUGAAGAUGCUGGAUCUACACUUCAGAAAUGUCCUACUUAUAAUAAUGCAGUGGAAAAUGAAAAAGCGGAAUUGCUUCUCAUAAAACAUCGGGCUGAAAUGACAGUAGCCGUGCAGUUGCGCAAAGCCGCCAUUGUCAUAUCAUGGGUGUCUGUUGUGUUUGGGUUCGCCCAAGGUCUGACUGCAACCGUAUACGCAUCAACAUUGGGUAGUGACACUAUAUUUGGAUUUGGACUUAAUGCAAUACUGGAUAGUUUGUCCUCCAUUGUUGUACUUUGGCGGUUUCAUAGCAACGACCUGUACUCAGAAAGUCGAGAACAGAAAGCUUGCUUUGUUAUCGCCAUUCUAUUUGUGGCGUCGAGUACUAGCCUGCUGACGAUGACAAUCAUUUCUCUGGUCAGAAAAGAGAAAGAAAAAGAGCUAAUUACACUGGAAAUUAUCUCUCUUACAAACGGAGUCUGUAAUUUGGUGCUAGGAACUUUGAAGUCUUGUUUAGGAUACAAACUGGAGAGCAAAUCUCUUAUGACCGAUAGUAUAAUAACUUUCGUAGGCUUCCUGAUGAGUUUAUCAGCUUUUUUGGCGAUUAAUUUUUAUGUCCACGAUGCCUCGCUUUGGUACAUAGACCACGUGUUUGCCAUUGUUUGUAGCGUGCUUCUGUACUUAUUUGCGAUAAGGUUCUUUUGCCAGCAAUAUCUUGCCAAUGAUAGUCAUCAAACAUGAGCAAUUAAGACUUAAGAAACGAUGAUUUUCAAAACAUCAAAUCCUUUGGAUGCAAAAUGAUGAUUUUGGAUGGAUAGUGACGUACUUGUAUAAAUGAAAUUAUCACUUAAUUAUGAGUCGAAAUUUGGUGGAUAUUCAAGAACUUGCAUUUGUUCAUUCUAUAAAUAUUUCACCGUAAUUCAAAGUGAACUUUAUUGCAUGGAUUUGAAUGAACUGUUAUUAAUACGAAUUGUAACGAAAUUAAUGCUUUUCAAAGCUUUAAUGUUGACUAUUUCUUAUCAUUGUCGAAACUUUACAAAGAACAUAAUUAUACAAUAAAUAAAAUAGGCUCUUAUUUUUAAACUCGUUGAUUACUAACAAAGUGAAAUGUAACAAUCUAACACAGUCUUAGUUUGCUUUAUUUCAUCAAUUAAAGCCAAUUAAAAAACAUACAUCUUAUUUUAUUACGGCACUUAUUUCAUUUAUGACAACAUGGACGAAAUUUCCUUUUAACUGAGAAACCUUACGUAGACAUUUACCAACUACAAAUAUGCUAAAAAAAAAAUGAAAAGUACUGAGAAAUUGAUUCAAUAACGUUAAAUCUAAGGGCAUGCUCUCUUAAAAAAUAAUAAAAUGUUUUAAUUGUUAAGAAUAUAUGCAAGAAAUGAAAACCAUAAAAAAAAAAAUUUAAAAAAAUCAGGAGCCCUUUUCACAAAAAAUCUUUAAAAGGUUUAGCGUAAAAUUUCAACUUAAGAAUAUCUUACGAGAAAUCUUAAGUGCUUUUCACGAACGCAUUCGUAACAGGUUUCACUUAAGAAUUUACUUAGGAGUUAAUCUUUUUCUAGCAACGAUUUGAAUUCACUUGAUAAAUCUUAUAAAACGGGAGAAACAUAUAUGCGAAAUUUCAUCACAUCGGAGGUUUCACGCAUUAUAAGUCAUCACCUAUCAGUUCACAAGUUUUAAAAACUCAUGCGGAAUUACACAUGUAAACACACCAAGUUGUUCUGGACAUUGAUUUGAGUGUCCCGUGAUUGCUGUUUAAAAAAUAGUUACAAUUGGACUGACUCACUGAGAAAAGAAUUUGAAGUUGAAGUUAUUCUAGGUCCGUAGAAAGAAACAUGCAUUUAUAGAUUGUGCAUUUCAAUAAAUAUAUAGUUCCUGAAGACAUCAGGAUUCACCGAAAGGCCGUUCACUCAUGAUAUGUGCCACGCUGCAGUAUUUACAUUCCCAUGCGCUUGCGUGGCUAUGAAGCGGAACGGAAUUCGAAACUCAAUAUUUAUGUGUUGGCCCAUCGCUAAAUCACAUUUUUCUCAUUUUAAUUGGAUAUAUUCACUUUUGAACAUCGUAAUUUUACAAAAGUAAAUCUUUUCAUAUGAUAUAUAAAAUAUGUGGAAAUCGUGUAAAAAUUCGAUAUUUAGUGAAUCAUGGGUUUGGGCGUCACCAUGUCUCUUUAAGCGACUGAGACCGCUGACUUACUUCGAGAUAUCCAUUGUAUUUGGGAUAUCAGUAUUUGACAUUGCGAAACUUAACUGUGAUCAUAACUACCUUAUUAUUUGAUUACUUUUAUAUUUUUUCUUGUAUUCACUGGUGACACAACUUUUACUGUAACCUAAUUGGUUUAACGACACCAUAAUAGGAACGGAGCCGAUGAAGAAUUUUAAGCAAUGAUUGCAAUUCUUAAACAAA